AUGUCACCAUCGAACCUGCGCAGCUACUGGGACUAUACGUUUCUGUGGACGGAUCUCCACCAAACUAAGGAACAAUUACGACCAAGAAUAUACACUUAUGACAGGCUUGCAGAUGAGUGUCUCGAACGACUGGAUGUCCUUGCUCCAGAGACUGUACAAGAUGUCCAAAAUGAUGCGGCGGGGCCGAAGAAGCCCAGACGAGACAUGCAUGCUUUGAUGAAGGAUCACGCGCGUAAUGAUCCGAAACUUGGUGAACUUUGGACGCAAGUCAACACCGUGCCAGAAUGGGUCGAUUGGCAGCAAAUCCAACGAGGACAGGAUGUGUUUUUUCGCUAUGGGCUACCCAUCUUGAAUGCGCUCAACUUUGGAAGCCUUCUCGGUGGCAUUUCCGACUAUAAUAUCCCCAGGGGUUCUGCACGUGUGGUCGAAACCUUGGCCCGCACUGGAGGCUUCUCUGCCGAUGUUGUGCGGCGGCGAUUGCUGGAGACCCUGCAGUUUGUCCUUCAGGUGUCUGAGUCCUUGGACGCAAUAAAGCCAGGCGGUGCGGGCCAUGUUUCAUCCAUCCGUGUCCGGCUGCUACAUGCGUCUGUUCGUUCGAGGAUACUGAGCUUGGCAAAGAAUGAUCCAGAUUACUAUAACGUCGACGAAUGCGGCGUUCCCAUCAACGACCUUGAUUGUAUUGCAACAAUUAACACUUUCUCGUCCAUCGUGAUCUGGGUCGGUCUCCCUCGGCAAGGUAUUUGGCUCCGAAAGCAAGAAAUCAACGACUAUCUCGCUCUUUGGAGACUAGUGGCCUACUACAUGGGAACUCCUGACACGCCCUUCGCCAGCCAGCCGAGCGGGCGUGCCAUGAUGGAGUCUCUGACUGCGUCCGAGUUUAAUCCCACUGAUGUUAGCAAGCUUCUGGCACACAAUAUCAUCCUGGGUCUAGAAAAGACUGCCCCAACAUACGCGUCAAAAGAGUUCAUGGAGGCAAUGGCUCGAUACCUCAACGGGAGACAGCUCUCCGACAGACUCGGUAUCCCUCAGACCAAUCUAUACUAUCGAUCCCUGAUAUACGGGUAUCGCUUCUUCGUUAUGACACUAGCAUAUGGGACCCGGUUGUUUCCGACGCUUGACCAGACCCUUAUCGCAUUCCGUCGCAAACUCUACUACACCAUGAUAACCGACCGAGAGAAAGGCCUUGGGGGGGAAUCAUUCUACGCCUUCCAGUAUGUCCCAUCCUACGGGAAGACCACGAGUCCGGGAAAGCGCAGGUCAUCGAAGCCAGCGGCAGUUGGAAUUGAAGCAGUGGCACAGCUAGGCCUUUUAGCUGCCCUGCUUGCUGCCGUGGUUGUGUUCAGCGGAGGCAUAUAUGCGUUGCGCAUAUUGACCCCAGCCAUUCUAUGA